AUGAUAACUCCAAAAACAGAAGUUAGUAAAGAGAAUGAAGAGAUUAAGUAUCCUGCAAUAGUAUUUCCAAGACCAUCAUAUUCAUGAUUUCAGCCUUAUAUCCUUAAUAAGUCUGAGAAGAAUGAGUCAUCAAGUUCUGUGCUUGUCUCAUCAGAUCUUAGUUUAGCUUCUAUUCCUCAGAAACCUAAAAGGACAAGAAGAAGGAGGAGACUUUCCUGAGAAAGAGAUCUCUCACCAGAGACCUUCAGAAAGACAAGAAAUAAGCGCCUUGCGAAAGAAUCUAGAGCCAGGAAAGGCAACUAUGUCAAAACACUAGAGAAUAAAGUUCAGGAGCUAGAGCAAAGAGUUGUAAUGCUGAAUGAGAAAUUGGAGAAUUUCAAGAAGAAAAUCUCUUACCUUGAGAUUGGGGAUAAGAGAGGAUAUCACAAUAUUACCGAAGCUCAGGAUUAUUGGCAUAACCAGCUGUCAGAUGCCUUGACUAAUCCACAGACUUCACCAGACCAUUUGAAGGAUAUCGUUGAGUAUUUCUUAAAUACUCUUGGUGUAGCCGGAUCUGAUAGGAAGAAAGUCAUCAAAAAUGCAAUUAGAGUGAUAAUCGAUAAUCUGCUUCCAGAGACAGUAAAGACUUUAAUUUACUGAAACAAGAAAGAUCCAAUUGCAAAUGAUAAGCAACUAGAUUCGUUAAGAGUAGCUUCUAAGUACAAGUAUGAAGAGAUGAUGGCUGAUAAUGGAUUUGGAAUCGUAGAAGAGUGAUUGACAAAAGCUAACAUUAACAAAGAACAAAGGCCAAUCAUUAAAAACUAUUGUAGACAUCUUACUGAAGUGAGACACUACUACCAAGAUAUUGUGAACUCUACACUUGCUUUGAGAAAGAAAAUAUUUGUAGGAAUGAAGAAAUUUGAAAAGAUUACUGCCGAACUUUAUAAGCGACUAGACAUCAAACAGCUUGGCCAGUUUAUUAUUACAUCAAGGAAUAUCAGAACAUCACAUCAAAUUGACAUAUUUUCAUGCUGGGACAUCAAAAAAAUGAAAAGAGGGGGAAAUUCAGAAGAAAUCUCAGAAUAUGGACUGACAGAUUAUGACUCAGAUGGUGUUAAGUCUUAACUAACUCCUUGUUGUGUAACAAAACUC